CCUUGACGUACAUCCCACUCCAUCUCAUUCUACGAAUUCAAACACAAACCACAGCAAUUGAAACCACUCAAGAACGAAACACUUUGCUCACAUCACCCGCCAUGUCAAACGGUCACAAUUCACCACCCUUUCCCUCGCCGGGUGCUUCCGAGCGUCGCCGUGCUUCAGUCACUGGCCAGACCUUCCAGGACCUCUUUGGUAGUCGCUCGGGCAGUUACGUAGGCCAGCCAGCAGCUGCACAAUCUUAUGCGGGCCCCAUCACCACAGCAGCUGCCAACGCUCAGCGACGACGCCUUUCGCUCACUACCCUUGGACUCGGAAUAUCACCCGGUCAGACGUCACCCUUCCCAAUGCCACGAACACGCACAGAGAGCAUCUCUAGUGCCAACUCUGGCUCGGUCGACGAAUCGCCUUUCGAAGAAGAUUACGCUGCUUCUGCCUCUGCUCCUGGUAGCAGCCCAGUGACACCCUUUGCUCGACGACUCAGCUUCGGAGCUCGUGCUCUACGGGACGUCAGGCAGAGCAAUGGGAGUGUUGGGAACCCAAAUGGUAGACCCUCCAUCCAUAAAGCUUCCUCUCCCCCGACUGGCCGAGGUCGAGGCGAAGGCUACAACUUCGCGGAGAAUCUCCGCUCCCGCGCUGAGCGAGGAUCUGUGUCCGGCCCACGACCUAUACUAAUCCCCAAUGGUCAUACCCACCAGCGCGCAAAGAGCGUUGCAAUUAUGGAACCUCCUGUCCGAGAGAUGCCAAAGCAGACCAAGGUCCCUGACGCCAUGCAAGAGCGGAUCCUGAAGGGCGAUUUCUAUAUGGAUUAACGAAGCCUGGGUCAUACUACAUUUCACUUUCUCUGGGUUAUCUACAGUACGAACGAACUAUCAGAUCCUUUCUUGGCAUCGUACGGUCACC